AUGACAGAUACUGCUCAGCAGUUCUACAAUCUCCAUCGCCGCGACAAGAAAGGUGGCUCUUAUCACCAUGCAUUCGUCUACACCCCUGCGGCUCUGGUGUUGCGAAACGAUGCAGGGGAUUGGAUAGCGCCAUAUGAUGCUGAUAUAGUCACGAGUGCUGCAGUGAAUGCCAGUUUUGUCCGCAGAAAGAAUGGCAAACGGGUUUCGCGUGAAGAGACAGAGGAUUUACUGAUGACUGCUACGCGUACUCCAUCAUCGUCACAGUACACUUGUAUAUAUGCAGGCUCCCGGCGCCAAGUGGACACUACACCAUGCCCUCAAACAAAUUCAUCAAGCUCGUUGCUACCCUCCCGAGACGACAGACCAGCAUCUACACUCAACUUCGCACCCGUCACCUUCCUCUAA